UGUGAUCCUGAGCCAGUCACUGCCUCUUAGCUCAACCUACCUCACAGGGUUGUUGGGGUUAUUAAAUGAGGGGAAACCCAUGUGCCCAUGUUGAGUUCUUUGGAGAAAAAAGGUAGGAUAUAAAUGCCAAUAAUAAUAAGAAUAAUACUGCAGUUGGGAACUAUUGGCUGCAAUCUUACUCUUACAGAGAUUGGUGGUAAUGGUUUGAGAAUACUUCUGGGUCAGAGCAGAACCAAACUGUGUGCCACCGACUAUUGGGUAGAAUACAACUCACAGAAACUCUUCUUUCCUAUGUAGCAUUUCCCUUUGAUGUAUAUUUGUCUUUGUUUUGGACCCAUGCACUGCUGACCUGAAAUCUUAACUUGCGUCACUGUCUAUACAACAGAGUUCAAAGCCCUUCAUCUUUGGAUAGCUGGCAAAUGCUUUGGCAGCAGCUGUUUCCGAAUGGGUUGUGAAAGAACUGUGGAAAUGUUGGUCAUUGGACUUGGAGGCAUAACAAAUGGAGGGAAAACAACUCUGGCAAAAAGGCUUAAGAAACAGCUUCCAAACUGUACUAUACUCUCUCAAGAUGACUAUUUUAAGCCAGAAUCUGAAGUGGCUGUAGAUGACCAAGGAUUUUUGCAGUAUGAUGUACUUGAUGCUCUGCAUAUGGAAAAAAUGGUGGCAGACAUACGCUCUUGGAUGACAAACCUACAAGACUCUGCAUUGACAAGGCCACUGCAUGAUAAUCAAAAGGGAGUAAAAGACACACAUGUCUUGAUUGUUGAGGGCUUCCUUCUGUAUAACUACAAGCCUCUCAGUGAUAUAUGGAAUAAAAAGUAUUUCAUAACAAUUCCUUAUGAAGAAUGCAAGAAGAGAAGAAGCACACGAAUUUAUAACCCACCAGACCCACCUGGAUACUUCGAUGGACAUGUAUGGCCAAUGUAUCUGAAACAUAAGAGAGAGAUGGAAGAAAACGAAACUGGCAUCGUUUAUCUGGAUGGAACUCAAUCACAGGAAGACCUUUAUUCAAGGCUAUACAAUGAUAUAGCACAAGAACUAGAAAAGUCAAAUGACCGUGGUGCUAUUGUGCAUGUAUAAAGCCUUGGCCUCAAUGAGAGCAAUAACAAACCUCAUACAUGAAUAUUUUAAUACGUUCUGGCUAAAACAAUGUUUUAAGAAGUUAACUGAAGCCCUUCCAAAGCAGCACUGAACCGAGAGCGUAUGUGACAUUCUCAUGGAUAUGCUUUCCAGCUAGUUUAUUUGGAGUUACUGUUCUUUUGCAAUGGUGCCAUCCAUUUGGAAUCAAAACCCUAAAACUUUCAGAGUUUACU